GAUGUACCUACCGCAAAUGCGAUGUAAAAAUAAAUUGAUAUUUUAAACCUGUGUAAGUGAUUAAAUUGAUUGUUUAUUUCAUAUUGUGACUUAUUUUAAUAGGUGUACUAAGUUUAUAAAAAGUGUUUGGUAAAGUUUUGUUCAUAAGAAAAAACAAAGGAUAUGGAAGGACCUAUUGAAGUUAACGAAAUUUCGGAUUUCGUUUCGUACAUAAAAAGUAUUGAAUGGCGUGACCCUUGGCUAAUGGCGCUGCUAUCAUUUCAUGUUCUGGUCACAUUUACCUGCUUUUCAACAAGGAACUAUGGAAACUUUCAAAUUGUUCUCUUCAUAACUCUCUUACUUUUAGUGUACUUCUCUGAAAGUAUCAAUGAAGUGGCGGCGAGAAACUGGACGUUAUUCUCAAGACAACAAUAUUUUGACAGCAAAGGACUGUUCAUAUCGGUGGUAUUCUGUAUACCAAUACUGUUGAACUGCAUGAUCAUGGUGGGUUCCUGGUUGUACCAGUCGACGCAGAUCAUGGCAAACUUGAAGAAGGCACAACUACGUCAGAGGCUCAAAGAGCUCAACAUGAACAGGGAGGCGAUGCAACACGCCAAGUCCGAUUAGUGUACUCGAGUCAAUUUUAGUGUAAAGAGGUAAUUAUUUUUGCUAGAACGUUCGUGGUUUACAACGUUGCGUAGGAGUUUGAAAAUUGCUAGUGAUAGAAAUAAAAUUGUUGGCUGUUUUUUUUUGUAUAGAAUUUUAAUUAUUCGUAAUGAUGUUUCUUUUGCGAUACUUGCCGUACGCGUAAAUGUUGAAGCACAAGUUGUU